UCAAAGGCAGAGCUCUCAGAGCUGGGAAGGAGGCUCUAGAUGGCGGCUGUGCCUUAGAGAGAGCGCGCUUUGCUCCCUGCUUCGGUUCACUUUACGCAACUUUCCCUAACUUUCGGGCACCCUCAGGGGGCCCCCGCAGCCCCCUGCCUCUUCUAGUGAGUUACUGGGGUCGAUCCGAACCUUUUUUUGGGAGAAAAGCAGCUUUUAGGAGCUUUCUUUUUUCGUGCCUUGUUGGAAGAAGCUGCCGUAUUGAGAGCCCAGGUCGUUGUUUUUUCCAGCUUAGAAGCCAUGGGCGCACCUCCAUUUUUGUGCGCUCUCCUAAUGAGGCUUUUUUUCCCCUUCCGGACCUGUUUUAGUAUUAAUACUGACUGCUUUAUUUUGACAAGUCAACACAUUUGGGGACUAUUAAUUUACUUUUUGUUUUUUAACGGAGGAUUUUGCGUUUUUAAAUUAUUUUGGCUCGGAUAUUUUUCUACUACUAGAUAGGGACUCUUGCUUUGGACAUACUACAUGGAUCAGUAAAUACCUGGGCACAAGGACUUCAAAGCAAACACUGAUUCCCCCUCCCCCUUAAUAUUUAAGAAUUAAAAGAUGAUGAGAAAUAAGGACAAAAGCCAAGAGGAGGACAGUUCGCUACACAGCAAUGCAUCGAGUCAUUCGGCCUCUGAAGAAGCUUCUGGUUCAGACUCUGGCAGUCAGUCGGAAAGUGAGCAGGGCAGCGAGCCCGGAAGUGGACAUGGCAGCGAGUCCAAUAGCAGUUCUGAAUCUUCUGAGAGUCAAUCAGAAUCGGAGAGUGAAUCAGCAGGUUCCAAAUCUCAGCCAGUCCUUCCAGAAGCCAAAGAGAAGCCUGCCUCUAAGAAGGAACGGAUAGCUGAUGUGAAGAAGAUGUGGGAAGAAUAUCCUGAUGUUUAUGGGGUUAGGCGAUCAAACCGAAGCAGACAAGAACCAUCACGAUUUAAUAUUAAGGAAGAGGCAAGUAGCGGGUCUGAGAGCGGGAGUCCAAAAAGAAGAGGCCAGAGGCAGCUGAAAAAACAAGAAAAAUGGAAGCAGGACCCCUCAGAAGAUGAACAUGAACAAGGCACCAGUGCAGAGAGUGAACCGGAACUAAAGAAAGGAAAAGCUAGGAGGCCUGUGCCCAGAAGAACAGUGCCUAAACCUCAGGUUAAAAAGCAGCCAAAGACUCAGCGUGGAAAGCGGAAAAAGCAAGAGUCUUCUAUGACGAUUGACGACGACGAUGAAGCUCCCAAAAGGCAGACUCGGCGACGAGCUGCUAAAAAUGUGAGCACUCGGGAGGAUGAUGACUUUGAGACUGAUUCAGAUGAUCUCAUUGAAAUGACUGGAGAAGGAAUUGAUGAACAGCAAGAUAACCAGUUGUGAAACUAUUGAAAAGGUCUUAGGAUUCAAAGACUGGGAAAGACAGGAGCCACGGGGGCAUCUACUACUGUGUAUGCUGUUGAAGCUAAUGGAGAUCCUAGUGAGGCCUUCGAGCCUGAGAGGGAGGAAGGUGAAAUCCAGUACCUGAUCAAGUGGAAGGGCUGGUCUUACAUCCACAGCACAUGGGAGAGCGAAGAGUCCUUACAGCAGCAGAAAGUGAAGGGCCUGAAAAAACUGGAGAACUUCAAGAAGAAAGAGGAUGAAAUCAAACAAUGGUUAGGGAAAGUUUCUCCAGAAGAUGUUGAAUAUUUCAAUUGCCAACAGGAGCUGGCCUCAGAGUUGAAUAAACAGUAUCAAAUAGUAGAAAGAGUAAUAGCUGUGAAGACAAGUAAAUCUACAUUGGGCCAAACAGAUUUUCCAGCUCAUAGUCGGAAGCCAGCGCCUUCAAACGAGCCUGAAUAUCUCUGCAAAUGGAUGGGACUGCCUUACUCAGAGUGUAGCUGGGAAGAUGAAGCCUUGAUCGGAAAGAAAUUCCAGAAUUGUAUCGACAGCUUCCACAGCCGUAACAACUCCAAAACCAUUCCAACAAGAGAGUGCAAGGCACUAAAGCAAAGACCACGAUUUGUAGCUUUAAAGAAGCAGCCAGCAUACUUAGGAGGGGAGAAUCUGGAGCUCCGUGGAUUAUCAGCUAGAGGGUCUCAAACUGGCUUUGCUCACUCCUGGUGCAAAAAUAACAGUGUAAUCCUUGCUGAUGAAAUGGGCCUAGGAAAGGACCAUCAGACCAUAUCAUUUCUCUCCUACCUGUUCCACCAGCACCAGCUCUAUGGACCUUUUCUUAUAGUCGUCCCCUUAUCCACCCUCACUUCAUGGCAAAGGGAGUUCGAAAUCUGGGCCCCAGAGAUUAACGUGGUGGUUUACAUAGGCGACCUGAUGAGCAGAAAUACGAUAAGGGAAUAUGAGUGGAUUCAUUCUCAAACCAAAAGGUUGAAGUUCAAUGCACUUAUAACCACAUAUGAGAUCCUCUUAAAAGAUAAGACUGUGCUGGGCCAGUAUUAACUGGCCUUCCUGGGAGUAGAUGGCCAUCGGUUGAAGAAUGAUGACUCUUUAUUAUAUAAAACCCUGAUUGAUUUCAAGUCCAGCCAUAGGCUACUGAUCACGGGCACCCCUCUGCAGAAUUCCCUCAAGGAACUUUGGUCCUUGCUGCACUUUAUUAUGCCGGAGAAGAUGCUUUGUUGUUUCCGUAAGAUGUUGAAAGCCUUGUGUGAUGAGUGGGUUUUGAGUUUCUGGGAAGAUUUUGAAGAAGACCAUGGAAAGGGGAGAGAGAAUGGCUAUCAGAGUCUUCAUAAGGUACUAGAGCCCUUCCUUCUUCGGAGAGUCAAAAAAGAUGUGGAGAAAUCCCUUCCUGCCAAAGUGGAGCAGAUUCUCAGGGUGGAGAUGUCAGCCUUCAGAAAACAGUAUUAUAAGUGGAUCCUGACCAGGAAUUACAAGGCUCUUGCCAAAGGAACAAGGGGCAGCACAUCCGGCUUUCUUAAUAUUGUGAUGGAGCUGAAGAAAUGCUGCAACCACUGCCACCUGAUCAAAGCUCCAGAGGGAGAGCGGAGAGGGAGAGCGGCCAGGAUGGGUCCUCCAGACUCCGGGAAAGGGGAACAGAGUCCUUAUCUUCUCUCAGAUGGUGAGGAUGUUGGGAUAUUGCUGCUGGCCGAGUACCUGACUAUCAUAACACUACCCUUCCAGGACUUCUGCUUCCUGCUCUCCACACGGGCUGGUGGCCUGGGAAUCAAUCUGGCUUCAGCGGACACUGUUGUCAUCUUCGACUCUGACUGGAACCCCCAGAACGACUUGCAGGCACAAGCCCGAGCACAUAGGAUUGGUCAGAAGAAGCAGGUGAAUAUUUACCGCUUGGUUACAAAGGGGACUGUGGAAGAGGAGAUCAUAGAGCGGGCCAAAAAGAAGAUGGUGUUGGACCAUCUGGUGAUCCAGCGCAUGGACACCACUGGCAGGACAGUUCUCGAAAACAACUCAGGAAGAUCCAACUCUAACCCUUUCAAUAAAGAAGAGCUGACCGCUAUCUUGAAAUUUGGAGCAGAGGAUCUCUUCAAAGAAAUUGAAGGAGAGGAGUCAGAGCCUCAGGAAAUGGAUAUAGAUGAAAUUCUGCGCUUAGCUGAAACCAGAGAAAAUGAAGUGUCAACUAGUGCGACGGAUGAGCUUCUGUCACAGUUUAAGGUUGCCAACUUUGCAACAAUGGAGGAUGAAGAGGAGCUAGAAGAGCGUCCUCACAAGGACUGGGAUGAGAUCAUUCCAGAAGAGCAAAGGAAAAAAGUGGAGGAGGAGGAACGGCAGAAGGAGCUAGAAGAAAUUUAUAUGCUGCCACGAAUUCGUAGUUCCACUAAAAAGGCUCAGACAAAUGAUAGUGAUUCUGACACAGAGUCUAAGAGGCAGGCUCAGAGAUCUUCUGCUUCUGAGAGUGAGACGGACGACUCUGAUGACGAUAAGAAGCCAAAGCGCAGAGGGCGCCCGCGCAGUGUGCGCAAAGACCUGGUGGAAGGCUUUACGGACGCAGAGAUCCGGAGGUUCAUCAAGGCUUAUAAGAAGUUUGGUCUCCCUCUUGAAAGGCUGGAGUGCAUAGCACGUGAUGCUGAGCUAGUGGAUAAGUCUGUGGCAGACCUGAAACGCCUGGGGGAGCUGAUUCAUAACAGUUGUGUGUCAGCGAUGCAGGAAUAUGAAGAGCAGCUGAAAGAAAAUGCUAGCGAAGGGAAAGGACCAGGCAAGAGAAGAGGCCCCACAAUCAAGAUCUCUGGGGUUCAGGUUAACGUAAAGUCCAUCAUCCAGCACGAGGAAGAGUUCGAAAUGCUGCAUAAAUCUAUCCCUGUGGACCCUGAGGAAAAAAAAAAAUACUGCUUAACCUGCCGGGUCAAAGCGGCACAUUUCGACGUCGAGUGGGGCGUGGAGGAUGAUUCUCGUUUGUUGCUUGGGAUCUAUGAACAUGGCUAUGGAAAUUGGGAGCUAAUUAAGACAGACCCAGAGCUAAAACUCACUGAUAAAAUUCUACCAGUGGGAGACAGAUAAAAGCCUCAGGGGAAGCAGUUGCAGACCCGAGUGGACUACUUGCUGAAGCUGCUCAGGAAGGGUCUGGAGAAGAAGGGCACUGUGACCAGUGGGGAGGAGACCAAACUAAAGAAGCGGAAGCCUCGAGUAAAGAAGGAAAACAAAGCCCCCAGGCAGAAGGAUGAGCAUGGGCUUGAGCUGUCAUCUCCUCGACACUCAGACAACCCAUCUGAAGAGGGAGAAGUGAAGGAUGAUGGCUUAGAAAAAAGUCCAAUGAAAAAAAAGCAGAAGAAGAAAGAGAACAAGGAGAACAAAGAGAAACCAGUGAGUUCUCGGAAGGACAGGGAAGGAGACAAAGAAAGAAAGAAGUCCAAGGACAAGAAAGAGAAGGUUAAAGGUGGUGAUGCCAAGUCUUCAAGUAAAUCAAAGCGAUCUCAGGGUCCUGUCCACAUUACAGCAGGAAGUGAACCUGUUCCCAUUGGGGAGGAUGAAGAUGAUGAUCUGGACCAGGAAACCUUCAGCAUUUGUAAAGAGAGGAUGAGGCCUGUGAAAAAGGCACUGAAGCAGCUGGACAAACCUGACAAGGGACUCAGUGUACAAGAACAGCUGGAGCACACCAGGAACUGCCUGCUGAAGAUUGGAGACCGCAUAGCCGAGUGCCUUAAAGCUUAUUCGGAUCAGGAGCACAUCAAACUGUGGAGGAGGAACCUAUGGAUUUUGUUUCCCAAGUUUACAGAAUUUGAUGCACGAAAACUACAGUUAUAUAAGAUGGCUCAUAAGAAAAGAUCUCAAGAAAGAGAGGAACAAAAGAAGAAAGAUGAUACGCUUGGUGGUAAGAAACCAUUUCGACCAGAGGCCUCUGGUUCCAGCCGGGAUUCUCUGAUGUCUCAGUCCCAUACCUCACACAACCUUCAUCCUCAGAAGCCUCAUUUGCCUGCCUCCCAUGGCCCACAGAUGCAUGGACAUCCAAGAGAUAACUACAAUCACCCCAACAAGAGACACUUUAGUAAUGCAGAUCGAGGAGACUGGCAAAGGGAAAGAAAGUUCAACUAUGGCGGUGGUAACAGUGCGCCCUGGGGUGGUGACCGGCACCAUCAGUAUGAGCAGCAGCACUGGUACAAGGAUCACCACUAUGGUGACCGGAGACAUAUGGAUGCCCACCGCUCUGGAAGCUACCGACCUAACAACAUGUCCAGAAAGAGACCGUAUGAGCAGUACAGCAGUGACCGAGACCACCGGGGACACAGAGACUAUUAUGACAGGCACCAUCACGACUCUAAACGGAGGAGAUCAGAUGAUUUUAGGCCCCAGAAUUACCACCAGCAGGAUUUUCGACGAAUGUCUGACCACAGACCUGCAAUGGGCUACCAUGGCCAGGGACCCUCAGACCAUUACCGCUCUUUCCACACAGACAAGUUGGGGGAAUACAAACAGCCCCUGCCCUCAUUGCACACUGCAGCCUCAGAUCCUCGCUCACCCCCUUCCCAGAAGUCUCCCCAUGAUUCCAAGUCACCCUUGGAUCACAGGUCUCCUUUGGAGAGAUCGCUAGAACAGAAAAACAACCCAGACUAUAACUGGAAUGUUCGGAAAACAUAAAGGACAGCUCUGAAAGGGGCGCGAUCACGGGAGUCAUCAAGCACUUGGACUUUUUGGUCUGGUCCAGCGGUGGCCAGUGGUCAGGCUAGCGAGUGGAGUUCUUGGAUACGCUGCUGCUGAAUCCACUAACGUGGUGGCUGAAGGAGCACUUCAGGGAGUCGGAGGCCUUCAUCUGCUGCUUUGGUUUGGUCUCCACUCCUGCACUUUGGCACCCCGUCCCAUCCUAGCCUGUUGUGGCCUCCCACCUCCGUGGGUGCUGGGAGGAAGAGGUGACUUUAUGUACCAGCUUCAUUGGGCUGCUUUCCCUGUGAAGGAAUCGGGGAUCUUGAGAGUCAAUGAAUGUUAUAUUCAGCAUGAGUGACCAGGGCAAGGACCUGCUGGACAGCGUGUGAUUGGUUCACUAUGACGUGAGGGUGCUGCUGAUGGGAAGUGGGAGGUCACGGGGUGGGUUUCACACUGCAAGACUUGAAAGGGGAGCAGGUAUACCCCUUAGAUGUUUCUGGGAGAAGUGAUACUUUUGGUCUCGUUAUGUGAAGUGGGGUGGGCAUAGAGAGACAGGAAACAACUUCCACCAUGGCGUCCUACCUGCCAACACUAAUUCUUCCUGUACUAUCUGUACAUUUCAAAGGUUUGGUCUUCUGAUGGAGUCCAUUUUCCCUCUUUGUCAGGGAAAGUUGGAUCCCUCUGGUUGACUUUAGAGAACUGUGACUUUGGCGUCAUUGAUGCCACCAUGGGUCUUACUUGUUUGGGGCAUGGGCUAAAUGGGUGUAGGGGUGGAGAUGGGGCUUUGGGUAGUGUCACCAGGAAAUAGGAAUCCCUGGUGGGUUUCUGGUUCCUGUGUUGAGAAGGAGAGUCACAGGUUCUGAUGGUGGCCUGCUGAUGGGGUGCCUGCUGGUAAGCCCAGAGCUGGGGCACUCAUGCAGAUGGGGAGGGGUGGGGUUCCUAAUGUGGGCAUUGGUGGUGUCAGCAAGCAGGGGGCUUUCAGUAUUGGAGUGGGUCAGCGAAUGUACUUGCAUCUCGGUUCCUUUACACAGCUUGAAGAGUCAGGCUUUACAAACCCAAACAUCUUGACACUUGAGGUUCAGUCAGGGAAAAAUACCUGAGGGGUUACAUUUCCAUUGCAAGUUGGGAUUCAGCAGCGUCAAACCCUGUUUCUUUACGAUCUGUAGAGUCUAAACCUAAGUUAAUUUUUUCCCGACUCCCAAACAGCCAUGACUGGGUAGCUGAGCUGUAAGAGGACAGGAGGCCUGUUGGGGUCAGAUUGGUGGGUUGCAUCAUUGAAUGGCUCUUCUCGGUGUAUGGAUAACUGGGCUGUGCCUUUGGUUUUACUCACUUUCAGUAUAGCUUGCCAGUAUUGUGAAGGUCUCCAAGGCCUUUCUAGAUGGAGACAGGAAAGCUGAUUUUAACAUAUAGAUGGUGUGGUGAGAGUCCUGGCUCAUUCUGAGUUGAUUAAAAGUCUUGUUUUUGGACAUACGCAGGAUUCAGCUCUCUGAACUCCUUUGGGGAUGGGGUGGACCCAUCCUGGGCAGUACCAUUAAUGACUUUCCCAAGACAAGCUUGAAUUGUAUCUUUGAGGUCAUUGUCUGGCCAUAGCAUGUCUGUGGUGGGCCAUUGCUUCCGCUACUUGGAGCACCAUGGACCUGACUGUACUGAGCCGGUCCCUGCAGCCAGUGCUCAGUAGACCAUCACCUUCUGGAUGCCUCAUGGCACCUGGUCCUUCACCCUGAUCUUGGGCAUGCACUGGAGUCCUCUGGCUGGAGUCUCCUGCCUGGUGGCCUGCCACGAUUUCUCACACAGUGAACAGUAAGCCAGAGUUGGAGCUUCUUGCUGAUGACAUCGACACUAAUUGGUUUGCUGGGCUCUUUGGUGCCCUGUGGAAGGUGGAGGCCUUGCCCUUCCAAGCCUCCCUAGGCCUUUUUCUCUUUCAACUUGUUGGUAGAAGGUACAUGUUAUUCUCAAAGAUGUCUCAUCAUGAGGAAAAAGGAACUUCCUUUUGUUUCUUUCAGGACUAAAGUGCCAUAAUAUGUAGCAAAAGGCAAUAUUGGCCAGAUCAGUGUUACAUUGAUUCUAGAUUGCAGUAUCUCCCAUUGGACAUCUGUUUUGGGUUUUGAAGUGUAUCUGACGAGUGGGUUGGGAGAAAGGAGGCUCUCCUCUUGAUUUAAACCAGUAAUGUGCACCAUACGCUUACAGCAGCAGUCUGCGCAGGUGGGUGAGGCUGUCGGUGGAGUUCUGGUGGAGCCUAGCUUUGGGCAGCUCGUGGUUGAGGAAAGAGUGAGUGUUGCCAAGGCCUGAAGUACUGUGAUGCACCGUGACCCUAGACCAGGAAGGUGAGGUUUCUGCUGACCACGGUGUCCUCUCAAUGGCCAGCCUGCGGGAGCCCGACCUCCUGGUCCUUCCUUGGACUCUUGUGUAGUCAUUCCGUAAGCCCCGCAAAGGGAACGCAAACAUUUCUCACUGUGCUGCUGCUGCUCUGACCUGGUGUGGCCGGCAGCUGCAUCAGGCUUUGCAGAGCAAACGUGAUUCACUUAGGUGUUCACACACACAGCAACACUGAAAUCUUAUAGACCAAAACCCACGUCAGCAGGAGCCGUGUCCAGCCCGGCACCUGUGGUCUUGUCGCUCAUCUGAGGCCAGCUUGUCAGGUGAAGAGAGCCAUGCCAGGGGUCCCGGCUGCUUUAGUCCAUCUGUCCCUACUCAUUUGGGGACAGGUGGUUUUUCUUGUAAACUUGUGGACUUUUGAAACCUGUUGACUAAACAGUAAUUAAUUUAUAUUUGUGAAAAAUGCCACUGUCCUAGUGAUUUCUGAUGUAAAUAAUGUUGUUUAUAUAGUAUGUAUUAAAUUUUCCUACAUUGUAAAA